GGCAGCACAUCUUCAGUCGAAGAAUAAAAACCGGAACCGGAAAUUGUAAUAGAAGAAACAAAAAAACGUUGGAAAACAGUUCAGCAGUUCACAGGCAGAAUGGGGCGAGAGUCUCGACAUUACCGGAAGCGGUCAUCGUCGCGAGGACGUUCGGGCAGCCGCUCCAAAAGCCGCUCUCCUGACUCUAAGCGUGUGAAGAAAGAGGACAGAGCACGGGAUCGAGGCCGCAGAGAACGAUCACGCAGCAGAGAAAGGAGGAGAUCACGCUCCAGAGACCGCAAGAGACAGAGGCGGUCUCGGAGUCGAGAGCGUAAAUGCUCCAGAAGUCGUGAGCGCAGGAGGUCGAGGAGUCGCAGCAAAGGACGAAGCAAGGAGAAGUCAGAUGCCGUUGAGCAGUCAGUAGAAAAGAAGAAGAAAGAAGAGAAGGAGGAGGAGAAAGUGGAGGAUCAAGACUUUGAUCAGACAACACUGGAGGAGGAGAUGAGGAAGAGGAAGGAGCGGGUGGAGAAAUGGAGAGAAGAGCAGAGGAAGAAGGCCAUGGAGAACAUUGGCGAGAUCAAGAAGGAACUGGAAGAGAUGAAACAGGGGAAGAAGUGGAGCUUGGAGGAUGAUGAUGAUGAUGAUGAAGAGGGUCCAGCUCCGGUGGAUCAAGACGGGGAGGAGGAUGAGGAUAAGGAGAAGGAGGGGAAGACUGAGGAAGCAGAGAUGAAGGAGGAAGAGGGAGGGGAAGAGCUUGAUCCCCUGGAUGCCUACAUGGAGGAAGUGAAGGAGGAAGUGAAAAAGUUCAACAUGGGCACCAUGAAGGGAGGAAAUGACAAAAAAGGAGGCAUGACUGUGACAAAGGUGGUGACUGUGGUGAAGACGAAGAAGACGCCUCACACCACCAAAAAGAAAGGAGAGUUAAUGGAGAACGAUCAGGAUGCCAUGGAGUAUUCCUCAGAGGAAGAGGAAGUGGACUUGCAGACAGCUCUCACUGGCUUCCAGACCAAACAGCGAAAAAUUCUGGAGCCUGUGGAUCAUCAGAAAAUCCAGUACGAAUCAUACCGCAAGAAUUUCUACGUAGAAGUUCCUGAACUGGCCAGAAUGACACCAGAAGAGGUAAAUGAAUAUCGCUUGGAGCUUGAGGGAAUCACAGUGAAGGGGAAAGGCUGCCCCAAACCCAUUAAGACCUGGGUGCAGUGUGGAACCUCCAUGAAGGUCUUAAAUGCCCUUAAAAAGCAUAACUACGAGAAGCCUACACCCAUCCAGGCUCAGGCCAUUCCCGCCAUCAUGUCAGGACGUGACCUCAUUGGCAUUGCCAAGACAGGAAGUGGGAAGACCAUCGCAUUUCUGCUUCCCAUGUUUCGCCAUAUUUUAGACCAGCGACCCCUAGAAGAGGGGGAGGGGCCGAUUGCUGUGAUCAUGACACCAACACGUGAGCUUGCUCUGCAAAUCACUAAAGAGUGUAAAAAGUUCUCCAAGCCACUGGGGCUCAGAGUGGUGUGUGUGUACGGGGGAACAGGCAUCAGCGAGCAGAUAGCAGAGCUGAAGCGUGGAGCUGAAAUCAUUGUGUGCACUCCUGGUCGAAUGAUUGACAUGUUGGGAGCCAACAGUGGACGAGUCACGAACCUGCGCAGAGUCACGUACGUCGUAGUUGAUGAAGCCGAUCGAAUGUUUGACAUGGGCUUUGAACCUCAGGUAAUGCGCAUAGUGGACAAUGUGCGGCCAGAUCGUCAGACAGUGAUGUUUUCAGCAACGUUUCCCCGAGUGAUGGAGGCUUUAGCUCGCCGCAUCCUUAACAAACCAAUUGAGGUUCAGGUUGGGGGGAGGAGCGUGGUAUGUUCAGAUGUGGAGCAGCAUGUGAUUGUGAUUGAGGAGGAGAAGAAGUUCCUGAAGCUGUUGGAGAUUUUAGGCCAUUAUCAAGAGAAAGGCUCCGUGAUUAUUUUUGUAGAUAAACAGGAACAUGCUGACGGCUUGUUGAAAGACUUGAUGAAGGCCUCGUACCCCUGCAUGUCUCUGCAUGGAGGAAUCGAUCAGUAUGAUCGUGAUAGUAUUAUAAAUGAUUUUAAGAGCGGUGCGUGUCGGCUGAUGGUGGCCACAUCGGUAGCAGCGAGAGGUCUGGACGUGAAGCAGCUCAUUUUGGUGGUGAACUACAGCUGUCCUAACCAUUACGAGGACUAUGUUCACCGUGCCGGGAGGACUGGAAGAGCUGGAAAUAAGGGCUAUGCAUACACAUUUAUCACAGAGGAUCAGGCUCGUUAUGCAGGUGACAUAAUCAAGGCUCUGGAGUUGUCAGGGUCUUCUGUUCCUCCUGAGCUCGAGCAGCUUUGGGCUACAUUUAAGGAGCAGCAGAAAGCGGAGGGGAAGAUUAUUAAGAGCAGCAGUGGGUUUUCAGGAAAAGGCUUCAAGUUUGAUGAGACUGAACAUGCUCUGGCGAAUGAGAGGAAGAAACUACAGAAAGCAGCACUUGGUCUUCAUGACUCGGAUGAUGAAGACACGGCACUGGAUAUAGACGAGCAGAUUGAGAGCAUGUUUAACUCUAAGAAGCGUGUGAAGGACCUGGCGGCUCCCGGGGGUGCUGCAUCAUCAGCUUCAGGUCUCACCGUUACUGCUUCAGGACUUAGUGGUCUUGCUGUACCUUCAGCUGGAAACAUCCAGAAACUUGAGAUCGCCAAGAAACUGGCGCUGAAGAUCAAUGCACAGAAAAACCUUGGUGCAGAAGCUCAGGAUGUGAUGCAGCAGGCCACCAAUGCCAUCAUGAGGGGUGGCACAAUGAUCGCACCCUCUAUCUCCGCUAAGACCAUUGCUGAGCAGCUUGCUGAGAAAAUUAACGCCAAACUGAACUACACACCCAUCGAGAAACUGGAGGAGGAACGACAGAGUGCUGAACAGUCAGAGAGUGUCAAGAGGUAUGAAGAGGAGCUGGAGAUCAACGACUUUCCCCAGACGGCGAGGUGGAAGGUGACCUCUAAAGAGGCUCUGCAGAGGAUUGGUGAAUAUUCAGAGGCUGCCAUCACCAUCAGAGGGACAUACUUCCCUCCUGGCAAAGAACCUAAAGAGGGAGAACGCAAGAUUUACCUCGCCAUCGAGAGUGCAAAUGAGUUGGCAGUGCAGAAAGCAAAAGCAGAGAUCACAAGGCUCAUCAAAGAAGAGCUCAUACGCUUGCAAAACUCAUACCAGCCAACAGCCAAAGGCCGAUACAAAGUGCUGUAGACGAAGACGCUAUCGUUUUUUCCGUGUGUUUUACAGUGACGUAAAAGAGGAUAUUCGUGUUUAUUUCGGUGAUUUAAUGAGGUGUGAUGCCAUCCAGCUAUUAGUUCUGUCUUAUAUUCAUUAUGUGUAGAUUCUCUUUUACACCAAUAAAACAUUUU